GACAGUAUUGUCGGGUCUUCCAAAAGGGUAAAAGCUUUGACGCUUUCAGUUCGCUCUGUGUCUCGUUGGGUAGUGCACGAAAGUGCUCCGCGUACCAACUGAAGCAACCAAACAAACGACUCCAGCUUCAGCUCCAAGUCCGACUUUGAAUUUGAUUCCGUCCAAGUGUGAGCUCAGCAGUCAUUUUCCGAGAUCAGUUAGAAAAAUUUGCUGCAGUUGCUGUCGUGUGGCCUGACGCGUAACCGAAUGAGCUGUUUCAGCUGAAUUCUCCUCGUGAAGUUUGCCAGCUGCAGUCCAAAAGCAAACACACACAGACUCACACUUUGGUAGAACAUUUGAAAAAAAAAAGUCGGUAGUCAUCAACUUAAACACACGACUCACAGACGAUCGCGCUUAAAAUGCAAUUCCUAAAAAAGUUCGGCAAGGGCCUCAACCAGGAAUUACAAAAGCAGAAUUUCGGCUUUGAAUACAAUCACGUACAUUUAUUCUACAAAUCCCUGUGGCAAAAGAAUGAGGUCAGCAUUCUUUAUUUACUAUAUCGUUGGAUAUGGGCCAUAUUCUUUUUGGGCGUAUACAUCACUUGCAUUAUUUUGCAAUUCUGCGAUGGCAAGUUCUUCAUCUAUAUGACCAACUGGGGCUUCGGUCUGAUCACAAUAACCAUGCUGCUGUCCGCCAUAAACGUCACUCGAUGGCACUACGAUCUACAGAAUGUUCGGAGUCUGGUGAAUGAGGCGGGACAAAAGGCGCGCACAACGUGGGGAUUGAAGAUCUAUUGGUGGCUCUACAAUAUGUCACUGCUGUUGGCACUGAUCAUAUCCACCAUAUACUGGAUAUUUCUACAUGGUCGUAUGAACAAACCCGCACGAUUUAAGGAAAUAAGUGUUAUAACACAUGCUCUGAAUACCGUUUGUAUGCUGAUCGAUUUUAUGAUCGUGGCUUUUCCGUUGCGACUUCUGCAUAUGGUGCAGACUAUGUUUCUGGCGAUCGCCUACUUCGUAUUCACCCUCAUCUAUCACUUUUGUGGCGGCACCGAUGAAUUUGGAAAUCCCUUUGUCUACUCCAUAUUGAACUGGAACAAACCGAUGGGCUGCCUGGUGACCUUCGUUGGUGUCUUCCUUAUUAUCAUUUGCUAUUGGGUGAUCCUUUUCGGCUUUCAUAAACUAAAACAGGCCUUUAAUCGCGCCUUCAGCGUCGUCUGGACUCCCCAUGCAGUGGGUCUUAUAUGAAAUACAGCACAAACUCUCUCACAUUAUUAACUGCACUCAGUCAAGUAGUCUUAUGUAGUACCGCCAGCAUUAUUUCGUAAUUUCCAUAUAGUUACAUACUAACCCACAUACUCACACACUCGCUCUCAUCACACAUUGCAUUUAUUUAUGUCAUUUUAUAGGUGAAUUAUUUAUUUAGACAAUAAUUGCUAAGUGAAUAGUCGAAUGUUCCUUAAUGCCUUAGCAACUUGAAUGUGCUAUGGCUAGUUUUAUUUUUAUCGGUAUAAACAAUUGAAUAAAGAUUCUUACUAUGGAAUCCGUAGUAUAUGACAUAGUUGAAGAAAAA